UCACUUACAAGUAAAGUCGAGCACCGGAACUGGAAACUGUGAGGUUUGUUUGAAAACGCUGCGUUGCGCCUUAAACCUCCGAACCCAUGGCAGCCCUGAAGCUCCUCCUCUCCUCGGCUCGCCGUCACUGCUCCCAUCUCCACCCGUCUCCAUUUCUAAGGUCCCUCACCUCCCAAUCAGAUCAAAUUCCCUCUCCUCCCGAACCCCUUAAACCCCAACCCGCUCCGAUCCAACCCGUCUCCUACGCUCCCAAACCCAAACAACACUCCUCCUCACCCGACCCGGACCCGGACCCGGCUCCGCAAUCAGCACAAACACAACCGCCGCCACCGUCGCACGCGCCUCCUCACGACUCGCCGUGGACCCGAGAAGACGCCCGGUUCGUGAAGGACGGGCCUUCCAUAACCCCGGUGUCGUACCCGGCCCGAGUGGCUCCGUUGCCGGAAGAUAAGGUCUCGGAGGAAGGCGGCGACGCGAGGCAGGGUGAGCUGGAGAAGGAGAAGCAGAGGAUCGAGCAGUCGAGAAGGAGGGUUUUUAGGGUAGAGGAGAAUGUGGUGGUUCCUUUCCCCACGUUUCUUAAGGUGGAGAAGAAGGAAAGGAAGCCCAUUCUUGAUUUGAUGGAAGCAAUUCGACAAGUCAAGGCUACUGCCAAGUGCAACUUUGAUGAAACUGUGGAAGCUCAUGUGCAAUUGGGUAUUGAUGCCAAGCGAAAUGCAGUUCGUGGCAACAUGACCUUGCCCCAUGGUAGCGGAAAGGUAGUCAGGGUUGCUUUCUUUGCUGAAGGUGCAGAUGCAGAUGAAGCUAGAGCUGCUGGAGCAGAUAUUGUUGGCGGUGUUGACCUUGUGGAGGAAAUUGCAAGCAGUCGUAAACUCAAUGUUGACAAGUGUUUUGCAACAAAUGAAAUGGUUAUGCGUCUAGCGAAGAUAGCAAGGAUUCUUAGAGAGCGUGGUUUAAUGCCUGACCGAAAACUAGGUACUGUGACUAACGACAUUGCUGGGGCACUACAAAAAGUAAGACAAGGUCAUAUUGAGUAUAAAAUGGACAGAACAUCAAUAGUUCAUGUUGGGCUCGGAAAGGUAAGCUUUACAGAGGAGUAUCUGCGUGAGAAUGUUGGUGCAUUUAUGAGUUCUCUUUUGCUGGCAAAGCCUACGGGUUUAAAAAAGUCUUCCAAAUAUGCUGGGUAUAUCAACUCUUUCCACAUAUGUAGCACAAUGGGCUCCGGAUUUCCAGUUUCAAUACAGUCAUUAUCCAAAGCUGCAGAUAACUACAAUAAAAUGCACCUCAAGUGAUGAGGUCUGCUGACAUUUCCUGCCUACAUCAAAAUCAAAGUUUCUAUUUAUUUCUUUGUUAAUUUUUUACCUUAUGGGAACUGAGGGCUCUCUGUCUUUCUCAGAGCAAGAUGUUGAUCUACUUAAAUAGUUAAAAGGAAAUAUUAGAUCUACGUGGCCAGAAUUCCGUGGUAAUCAAUCUAGUUUUGCUUCAAUCUUCUGGUGGUUUAAGUGACUCUUAAUUUGGCAUUUGGCAGUACUGCUUUAUGAUCCUAAUGUUUGUUGUAUGGUCAUUAUUAAAAUCUAGUAUAGUUGACUUGUUCAUUCUCAAAGGGAAGUAUCAACCAAAGACGGUCUCUGUUUUGAAUUAACAUGCUACUUUUCUUUUUUCUUGAUGAAUAAAUGCAUUGAUUCAACUAUUUCAUGGAUGGGGAUAUAAAUUUCUGUUCUGAAGUACAUGCGUUUUGGUGUAACCAUUUCUGUUCUGAAGUAUAUGCCAAACGGUAGGCUAUAUGGGCUGUAGCCUAGACAAUAUUUUGGCUCAAAAACUCCCAAAGUACAUGUAUAUUCCCUUCAGCCCAUACUAGCCCAAAGAAAAAAAAAA